AGUCUCAAUCGUGGCGCUCCCUCGCACGGACUAGCGGGAAAUUCGCCGGGAAAUUUCCACGAGACGCGGACGCGAACUAAAGUUUUCUUCUGGCCAGAGAAGGAAAUUUUGUGUUUUUUCGUUAUCGAUCGACUGUAAACAAUUAAAGUGACUGACUAGAUUGUUAUUGAGUGAGAUUUUGACGUUGAAAUUGAAGAUUUUCAUUGAAAAAAUCGGAUGAUUUGGUUUCUGCAUUGAGCAGAAAGAUGCGGAAACCAGGACAACCUUAAAGAAGAUCUAUUUUGUGUGAAAAAUUCGGGAAAAUUUCAGAACAGGAAAAAUAAAUUCGUACAAUUAAUUUUGUUUAGUGAGUUUGGACGUUUUUUUUCUGAAAAUUAAUAUCAUACAGUUAAAUCGCGAAAUGAAAUAAAUGUGAUAUAUAAUGUAGUUAAUUUCGUGAAGUAAAUAAAAACAAUUAUUAGUGGAGAAUGACGAUGGAUACUGAUGAGGCUUCAGCCGCCGGGCCUAGUACUGCUCAGGAUAGGGAACCGACAGCUCCGGAACCAAAACCGACAGUUCCUGAGUCAAAUAUCAGCACUCAAAGGGUAUUCAAGAAAUCGUCUCCCAACAACAAGCUGACCAUGUACCUGUCAAGUCGUGAUUUGGUAGUGUCGCAUGGUUGUAUCGAUCGGCUUAUAGGAGUGCUAUUAAUAGAUCCCGAGUUUGUGGACAGUAGGAAGGUGUAUGGACAAAUUACGUUAACGUUUCGGUACGGCAGGGAAGAUGAAGAGGUGAUGGGUCUGAAGUUCUGUAACGAAGCUGUCAUGUGUUUGACCCAACUUUACCCGCCCCCCACGCGGCCUGUCUUCACCACGCCCUUACAGGAGGCACUUUUAAAACGGCUUGGUUCCAACGCGUACCCAUUCACAAUGGAAAUAACACCCCUGGCACCACCAAGCGUCCAGUUGGUACCAGCAAAGGAGUAUAACGGUGCUCCAAUUGGUACUAGCUACGACGUUAGAGCUUAUGUUGGUAUCGACCCCAAGUUUGCAUCGUUUUUGUCGCCUGCCGAAAGAAUGGACGAGAAACUGCACAAACGCACCACCGUGCGGAUGGGAAUCCGCGUGGUGCAAAGAGCCUUUGCUCCCCCCUCACCCUACCGCUACGUGCCGGGGUAUGGCGGUCGCACUACCAAGGAACAGGCAAAAUUCAACCGGAAAGCCUUGUUGUUCGGCUGCAAAAGCGCCCCAUUAGAUAAUAGAUUUUUCGCGGCUCAGGGAAAAUCUAGAUCGGUGGAAGCCGUGACCACCAUUCAACCAGUGACAGAGGCGUGCAGGGACAUAUCAGUGGCGCACCAUUCUAUGCCGGAAUGCCGGAACAAAGAUACCGAAUUUGUGGACAAUGAAGCAAAUCAAGAAACAACUCCCAACCACAACAGCGGUGGUCCAGCCGAGGCAGAUUUUGACAAAGAAAACAACAGACAAUCGCCGACGCUCUUCAACGGCACGUCGUUAAGUGAUCACGAGGAACCGGAACCGGAACCGGAACCGGAAAUGCUGCCCAAAUCCAGUUGCCGGAGAGCGUCAAAGAUGGCGGCUACUCGGUCGCAGAGCGUGGAAAGCAACGAGGACCGCAUCUGCGACCACUACCGAUCCCUCUGCAGCGCCAAAAGGCCGUCGCUGGCCGCCUAUAUGGCCGGAGUGCCUAAUCCCAAGGCGGCCGUGGAAAAGCCCUUUAUGCUAAGCGACGGCAAAGUCUUCCUGUCCGCCAGUCUGGACAAGGCCAUCUAUUCGCACGGCGAGGAGGUCCGAGUCAGCGUCCACAUCAGGAAUAACAGCACCAAAACCAUCAGAAGGAUAAAGGUAUUCAUCGUACAACACGUGGACGUCUGUAUGUUCAGCAACGGGAAGUUUAAAAACGUUGUAGCGAUAUACAGUGACAAAGAGAGCUGUCCCAUUCACACUGGCGAAACCGUCACCAAAACCUACACCUUACUUCCGCUAAACACUAGUACAAAAAACUGGAUCGCCUUGGAGGACACCUACACAAAGUCCAGCUCGAAUCUGGCAAGCACAGUCUGCUCUUCAUCCGGCAAUUCGGAAGAUAGGAAUGUUUUUGCCAUUUAUGUAUCCUAUUAUGUUAAAGUGAAACUAUUGGCCAGCGUGAUGGGUGGUGACGUCAGUCUGAAGCUGCCCUUCACCCUAAUGCACACGUGCACGGACUACAACAGCGAAACGUUGACCAGGGUGAAAAAAAUUGACACGGAAAACAGAAAAUAUGUCCCGAAUCAGUCUCCGAAAUGUCAACGAGGCACCGAGGAUGACAUCAAGCCGGCCAAGGAUGGGACGUGAGAUAAAGAAAAAGUAGUGGUAGAAAUAAACAAAACCGAUCUUCACCCCAGCGACGUAAAUCCCAAACCUUCCAUCAUCGUCCAAUCCCCCAGCCAAACCACCAACCAAUCCGACUCAAACCCCACCAGUCCCGCAGCCAACGUUGCCAGACGUCGUCCCAGCACCCUAGAAAUCGGAAAAGAACCGGAGGAUCCGCUCCAAUCCAUCAGGAACCUGUCGCAAUCGCCCCGACACCAGGUCGACUCGUUCGGCAGCCGGCAACGUCGCAAGUUCCCGGACCUGGACGAGAUCCUGCCCGUCGUGUCCGCGCAUAGGGACGAAUCGGACAGUGACGUAGCGUCGAAACUGAACGGGCAGCGGAACGAGGGUAGUACCAAAGUGUGUGAGUGUUCGGAGGAGUUCGGGGACGAGGAGGAACGGCGCGGAUUAGUGUACAAUUUGACGAAAGCGUUUUGUUGCUUGAGGACGACCAGACGCGGAUCAUAGCAGUAGAAAUGAAUAUGAGUUAGAAUAUUGUAAAUAUGGAUCUUAGGUCUUGUAACCUGUGUGGAUAUAUCGAUACCAAGUAAAUUCUUAGGUACGUCACAGAAAUUCCGCCACCCUAAAAUUUUGACUAAGUUUGAUUAGGGUCCGAAUUCUGAACACCUGACCGAUUGACUUGAAAUGUUAACACUGAAUAGAGAUAUAUGUAAGAAUCAAAAGUUACGUAGUAGCGAUGUGUGCUUUCACCCUGGGGGUGAGUGCCACCCUUUCUUGUGGGUGAAAAAUAAAUCACCCAUUUUAAUUGCAAAAAUCAA